CUCACCUCCUUGGUCACCCUCUCCUCCUCCUUCUUCCUCCUGCGUGAAAUCCUCCUACCUCCGGGCCAUCCCCUCCUACUCUUGACACAUUGAUCUUAGUCCUCACAUCUUACUUUAGCGCCUGCAUUCUCUCAAGCAAUGCGUGUCUCAGCUCAUCCGGAUCUUGUCUCCGAUCUGAAGGUCUGCAAUGUUCGCUGGUCCGUCAAGGGCCAUGAAUUCGAUAAAUACCCAGCCAAGCAGCAUGCGCGCAGGGUCGCGAUAAAACUGGGGGUCUCGAGCGGCCUUAUCUAUCUUGCCGGCACACCAACAAUCAAUUGGGGAGAUUCGGAUCAACCGCAGACCUUCCGACAAAGACGCUACUUCUACUAUCUCAGUGGCGUGGAUGAACCCGAUUGCUUUCUGACCUACGAUAUCAAGAAAGACUUGUUGGUUCUCUAUGUUCCCGACUUCGAUCUGCAUCGGGCGAUCUGGAUGGGGCCCACGCUGACCGUUGACGAGGCUCAACGGCGGUUUGAUGUAGACCGAGUUCGCUACCAUACCUCUCUAGACAAAGAUAUCACGUACUGGGCCCAAGAGUACAACGACACCGCGCCAGUGUAUGUUCUUCAUACGUCUCAGCAACCCGAAGCACCAGCCACCAAGCUUCGGAUAGACGAUGAGCGCCUGCUUCCUGCAAUGGAUGCGGCUCGAGUCAUUAAAGAUGGCCAUGAGAUCCAACUAAUUCGCCAGGCAAACAUCAUUUCCGGCCUGGCUCACCGGAAGGUGCUGGAGAAGAUCCACAAGAUGACCAACGAAACACAGAUCGAAGGACUAUUUCUGGCCACAUGUGUGUCGCACGGCGCGAAGAACCAAGCGUACGAGAUCAUUGCUGGCUCGGGUCCCAACGCCGCCACCCUUCACUACAUCAAAAACAAUGAGCCCCUGAAAGGUCGACAGCUGGUCUGUUUAGAUGCGGGGGCGGAAUGGGAGUGCUAUGCGAGCGAUGUCACUCGGACGUUCCCCCUGGGCGCGGAGUGGCCCAGUGAGUAUGCUCGCGACGUUUAUCAAAUUGUAGAGGAGAUGCAAGAGGAAUGUAUCAGGCGCAUCAAACAGGGGGUACGAUUUCGAGACUUGCAGCUCCUGGCACACAACAUUGCCAUUCAAGGGUUACAAGCACUGGGCGUACUCAAGCCUGGACCUGUAGAGGAGAUCCGGGAGUCAGGGGCGUCGGCGAUUUUCUUCCCUCACGGGCUGGGACACCACGUAGGACUGGAAGUCCACGACGUCUCGGAGAGGCCAAUCACGGCCCAGGGCCAGCGGGGAAGACGCGACCUGGUGCCGCCCACUAGCCUUUCGUUUCCAGUGUUAGAGGAAGGCAUGGUGGUGACGAUCGAGCCCGGCAUCUACUUCUCUCAAUUGGCGCUGGCCAAUGCUCAGAAGCAACCGCUCGCCCGACACAUCAACUUCGUCGAAGCGGUGAAGUACAUCCCCGUCGGUGGAGUGCGGAUCGAGGACGAUAUCCUAGUGACGAGGACGGGAUACGAGAAUCUGACGACAGCGCCAAAGGGGAAGGAAAUGCUGGAGAUCAUCCGUCGCGGGAUCGACAACGGCCGGGGGAGCCAUCAGUCAGUUUUAUCUUGACUGCUUUCUCCUCAGUAGACUACCGGUACAUGAGUAGACAGCUUUUUAUCCCGGGUUGCUUGGCGAAAUCCAGCCGUGUUUCACAGUCCCUUCGACUGUCUAGACCUUCUAGCGUGUGUGGACCGUCAUUGAUUCGGCCAGAGAUAUCAUCAUGGAUGGAGGCGGAAUGUGAGUGGUGCCUCAAAGACUCUGUGGGCUUCUUUCUUCCUGUGACUAUCAUAACCUUACUUUUCAGGCUCAACAAUCCUUGAAACCAAACCUGUAAUCUUUACAAC